GUCGCAAAAUGUUUACAAAAAUAAUUUUCAUAAUCUAUACAUUGAAUAGUUUCCGUUUUUCUUCUGAAACGAUUGUAAAGUCCCAAAACAAUGAGACAAAUUUAUUUCUUUUAUUAAAUUCCCAAUUAUCUGAAUUGAGAGCUGAGCAGGAGCGUCAAGGAAUGUUAAUGGACGGACAUUUUAAGGAAUCGGAUCAGUGUAAUGUGAUGUCAUACCCAAGCAAUUGUGCCGAGGCCAAGUCGAGUGGUAUCCACGAAAUUCUAGUUCCCAAUUUUAGUAGUGAAUCUUUUAAAGUCGCCUGCGAUGCGGAAACUCAGGAAGGAGGAUGGCUGAUCAUCUUGAGGCGCAUGGACGGAAGUGAGAUCUUUUACAGAAGCUGGAAUGCUUACAAAAGGGGAUUCGGCAAUUUGGAUGGAGAAUUCUUUUUGGGACUAGACAAAAUCCAUGCUCUGACUACAGAGGACAGUCAGGAGUUGCUUGUCAUCGUGGAAGACUUCGAAGGUGAUGUGCGUUUUGAAUUAUAUGAGAGAUUUGGAAUCGCAGGCGAGGACGAGCAGUAUGCCUUGAAUACAUUGGGCAAAGCCAAUGGAACUGCCGGUGACUCACUCGUAUAUCACCAUGGGAUGAAAUUUACCACCUUCGACAGGGAUAAUGAUAACUGCAAGGGAAACUGCGCGGAAUACUGCACUGGCGCUUGGUGGUACAAUAAUUAUCACUACAGCAAUCUGGCCGGCAAAUACAAUGACAACACAUUGAACAAAGGCGUCAUUUGGGACCACUUCAGGGGUUCCAAUUAUUCCCUAAAACGGGCUGUUAUGAUGAUACGGCCUAAGAAGUCAAAAUAAUUGCUCCAUUAUAUCAUAAGCUUUUCAUCAGCAUAUUUAAUUAUUUUCCGAUAUCGUCUAAUCCUUAUUAAAAAAUAAAUAUUCGACGUUAUUUUUAAAGACCA